GCCUCCCGCCGCGGGGUCAGACCGCUGUCAGAGGAGAGGCUGCGACCCGCUGCUGCUUAUCAUGUAACCUCAAGAGGAAACCCACGGCUCGUCUCUCUCAGGCUCUCACGUACUUGGGCGAUUAUCGCUGAGUACAGCUGGAAACAAUUGGCUUGCCUUUCCGUAGUUGUAUGACUUGACUCUUCAAACACCAAGGCUAAGAGGAAGAUCAGGAGGCAGAAUGGCACCUUUUGGCUUUCUUGGCCUGAUGCUGGACUCUGAAGGUUGAGCCCCAUAUGGGGGUUGGAAAGCAGCAGAGAGGACCCUUUCAAGGUGUUCGUGUGAAGAACUCAGUGAAGGAACUCCUGCUGCACAUCCGAAGUCACAAGCAGAAGGCUUCUGGCCAAGCCACGGAUGAUUUUAAGACCCAAGGUGUGAACAGAGAACAAUUCACAGAAUUGACAAACACAGUGUCAUAUAGUGGGAAAAGGAAAGGACCUGAUUCGUUGUCUAAUGGACCAGCUUGCAAAAGGUCAGCUUUGCUGCAUAACCAGUUUUUGACACCACCUCAAACACCAACACCCGCAGAGAGCAUGGAAGAUGUUCACCUCAGUGAACCCAAACAGGACAGUAGUGCCGAUCUGCUUCAGAACAUUAUCAACAUCAAGAAUGAAUGCAGCCCAGUUUCCCUGAAUACUGUCCAAGUUAGCUGGGUGAGCCCUGCGGUGGUCCCUCAGAGCUCUCCCCGAGAGCAGUGUCAGGACUUCCGUGGAGGGCAGGUCUUCAGUCCACCUCAGAAGUACCAGCCAUUCCAAGUCAGCAGCUCCCCACACAUGAUGGAUCAGGCUUCCAUGUACCAGUAUUCUCCACAGAACCAGAACAUGCAGCAGCCGCAGUCGCAGCAGCAGCCACAGCACUAUACCCACAACCCAGCUCUGGAAUACAGUCCUUAUUCCAGAACUUCCCAGUCCCCCAACUAUGAACCAAACUUCUUUGAUAACCCAGAACUACAGUUCUGCCCAAACCAAAGUUUUGCAUCCCUUCUAAGUAGUCAUGGGGAAUGUGAGAAUGUUGCUGUUCCUGUUCAGACUUCCCCCAGUGUUCAGCAACAAAAUGACGCCCACCUGCAGAGCUUCAGCCUGAUGCCACACAGUGCCUGUGAGGCCAUGGCUGGGCACGAUGCAGGUUCUGUGCCUUUAAGCACUUCACUGCCAUUCCAGAACAUCAUCAGGAAUCCAAUGAACACCACGCAGUUAGGGAAGUCAUUUUUUCAGUGGCAGGUAGAGCAGGAAGAAAACAAAUUGGCAAAUAUCUCCCAAGACCAGUUUCUUUCAAAGGAUGCAGAUGGUGACACGUUCCUCCAUAUUGCUGUUGCCCAAGGGCGAAGGGCACUUUCCUAUGUCCUUGCAAGAAAGAUGAAUGCACUUCACAUGCUGGAUAUUAAAGAGCACAAUGGACAGAGUGCCUUUCAGGUGGCGGUGGCUGCCAAUCAGCAUCUCAUCGUGCAGGAUCUGGUGAACCUUGGGGCCCAGGUGAACACCACUGACUGCUGGGGGAGAACCCCUCUGCACGUCUGUGCUGAGAAGGGCCACUCCCAGGUGCUUCAGGCAAUUCAGAAGGGUGCAGCGAUGAGCAAUCAGUUUGUGGAUCUUGAGGCAACUAACUAUGAUGGCCUGACUCCUCUGCACUGUGCGGUCGUGGCCCAUAAUGCUGUGGUGCACGAACUCCAGAGAAAUCAACAGCCCCAUUCACCUGAGGUUCAGGAGCUUUUACUGAAGAAUAAGAGUCUGGUUGACACCAUUAAGUAUCUGAUUCAGAUGGGGGCAGCAGUGGAAGCUAAGGAUCGGAAAAGUGGCCGCACAGCCCUGCAUUUGGCAGCUGAAGAAGCAAAUCUGGAACUCAUUCGCCUAUUUUUGGAGCUGCCCAGUUGCCUGUCUUUUGUGAAUGCAAAGGCUUACAAUGGAAACACUGCCCUCCACGUUGCUGCCAGCCUGCAGUAUCGGGUGACACAGUUGGAUGCAGUCCGCCUGUUGAUGAGGAAGGGAGCAGACCCAAGUACUCGGAACUUGGAGAACGAACAGCCAGUGCAUUUGGUUCCUGAUGGCCCUGUGGGAGAACAGAUCCGACGUAUCCUGAAGGGAAAGUCCAUUCAGCAGAGAGCUCCACCGUAUUAGCUCCAUUGGCUUGGAGCCUCGUCGGCAACACUCACUGUCAGUUAGGCAGUCCUACUGUAUCUGUAUAUAGACCAUUUGCCCUGUAUCGGCAAAUGUAAGUUGUUUCUAUGAAACAAGUAUGUUUAGUUCACUAUUAUAUAGUGGGUUAUAUUAAAAGAAAAGAAGAAAAGUAUUUAAUUCCUCUUGGCAGAUUUAAAUAUUUCAUGCCCAGGUAUCUGGGAGCUAGACAUCUGAAUUUAAUAUGAAUGGUAAAAUUGAUUUCAAUUAAUAGUAGCUUUUGGAUAGGAAAAGACUUUGAUUUGUGGCACAAGGCAUUGCUCAUGUAGCUAUUGCCAGUUUAAAAGCAGUUAAAUUGUAAACAUUCUUUAAAGAAAAAUGAAAGCAUUUGGAAGGGAAAAAAUAAAUCUGGAUGUAGUAUUGCAGCUUCGUUUGGCCUGUUGCAAUACCUGAUAGUUACUAGUGUUGGAAAGUCUCUAGUCAUUGGACUAGACAAAAGGUACCAUGGUUAUAAUU